AUGCCCCUCGACCCAUCGACAUCGUGGUCGUGGGUCGCCCUCGCCCUCUGCGUUUCGCUCGCCGUGGCCUGGGAGGCCAAGACGCGCCGGAGACGACUCCAUCUUCCCCCCGGCCCACCAUGCGUUCCUGUCCUAGGAAACGCCCUCGACCUGCCCCGCCGACAUCUCGGUCUCGAGUUCCAGCAGAUCUCUGACAAGUAUGGCGACGUCGUGUACCUGGAUGCGCUCGGACAACCGAUCCUGCUCGUGAACUCGGUCAAGGUCGCGCACGAGCUGCUCGACAAGCGUUCGGCGAAUUACUCGGAUCGCCCGAUGUCGGUCAUGGCCGAACUGACGGGCUUCGGAUGCAUGUUCAUGGUGCACAAGUACGGCAACCGCUGGCGACUCCAUCGGCGCGUCUUCCACCAGUCUUUCAACUCGGACGCCGUCGUCGAGUACCGGCCCAUCCACGCCGCGCCGCCCGCCGCCUGCUCGCCGCGAUCCUCGCCGCACCGCGAGAGCUCCAGCGCCAGAUCAAAUUGUGCGUACCCUUACUGCGCCCAGUGCACGUCCGCCUCCCCGCUGAUGCGCGUUGCCUACGGCGUCGACCUCGAAGAACCUAACGACCGCUACUUCCAAGUCGUCGAACGCGUCUCCGCCGUCGGCGAGGAGAUUUCUGUACCCGGCCGUUUCCCAGUCGAGGGCCUCCCAAGCCUCCGUUACAUCCCGGAGUGGUUCCCGGGCGGAGCCUUCAAGCGCUGGAGCGCCGAAGCAAAACGCUACUUCCAAGAGUCAGUGAACACCCUGUACGCCGUCGCCGUCGACGGGCUCCACAAGGGGACGACGAAGGAGUCGUUCGUUACCCGCCUGCUCGAGGACGUGAGCUCUUACGAUCUCGAGGGCGGAGACGAGCCCGACCUCGAGGCGUUCAUCAAAAGCGUCGCGAUCUCCAUCUACGCCGCGGGCUCCGACACCGUCAACCUACUGCUCCAUGCAGCCUUCUUCCUCGCGAUGGCGAUGUUCCCGGACGUCCAGCGCAAGGCGCAGGCGGAGCUCGACCGCGUCGUCGGCCGCGACCGCCUCCCCGACUUCAGCGACGCGGACGACCUCCCGUACCUCCGCGCGCUCCUCACCGAGCUCGCCCGCUGGCACAUCGUCACCCCGAUCUCGAGCCCGCACAGCGCGAUCGCGGACGACGAGUUCAACGGGCACUUCAUCCCCAAGGGUACCGUCAUCAUCGUCAACAUCUGGUCCCUCGCGCGCGACCCGGAGCUGUACCCCGAUCCGGACGCGGAUCCGACUGAGAUCGCGUUUGGCUUCGGCCGUCGGAUAUGUCCCGGGCGGUACUUCGCGGAGGCGUCGCUCUGGGUGGUCAUCGCGUCGGUCCUCCACACGUUCACCAUCAGCCCGCCCGUGGACGCGGACGGGAAGCCGGUCGCGCUCGAGCACGACACGGCGACGCGCGGCGUCGUUGCGCAUCCCGGGUUCCACGACUACGUCGUCAAGCCGCGCGACGCGCAGGCGGAGCAGCUCAUCCACGACACGCGCAACGAGGCAUGA